AUGGCCACAAAGAUCCUACCGACCGCAAGGCUCUGCUGCACGCGCCUGGCAUCCUCUGCAUCCCGUCUCGCCGCCCGCCGAUCCUACCAUUCGUACGACCAUCCUGCGCCCCCGGGCCCCUUUGGCAAGACGGAGCUGGCCAUCCUGUCGGCCGCGUACAAGCACGUUCCGGAGCACGGCUUCACGCACCGCGCCCUCGGCCUGGGCGCCCGAGACGCCGGGUACAUCGACAUGAGCCCGGCCGGCCUGCCCGAGGGCGUCUUCAGCCUCAUACGGUACCACCUCGUCACGCGACGGGAGGCCCUGGCCGACGUCGUCGUCCCUGAGGGUGCCGGCGUCGGCGUCAAGGUUGCCGCCCUGACGUGGGAGCGUCUUCUCGCCAACAAGGACGUCAUCCACCAAUGGCAAGAGGCCCUCGCUGUCAUGGCUCAACCUACCUACGUUGCCUCUUCCCUCGAGGAGCUCGCCAAGCUCUCCGACGAGAUAUGGUUCCUCGCAGGCGACAAAUCGGUCGACUCGUCGUGGUACACAAAGAGAGCUUCCCUCUCCGCCGUCUUCACCUCCUCCGAGCUCUUCAUGACCAACGAUACGUCUCCCCAGUUUCAGGACACCCGCCGCUUCCUCGACCGUCGCCUGGGCGAGGUAUCGUCUAUGGGCUCUGCCAUUGGCGCCCUCGGCCAGUGGGUCGGCUUCACGGCAAGCGCUGGUCUCAAUGUUCUGAGGAGCAAGGGCGUUCGCAUAUGA